AUGGCUGCGUUGGUUCAAACUAUCCCGCAACAGACUGGCACGGCUCCUGUGCUUCAGACGCGUCCUUCCUCAUCCUCGGGCACCUUUGGUUCGUCCUCCAACCAGCAUCCUGCCCGGUUUCAGAACAUGUCGUGGAGUGGUUUCAAUGCCGGCAAUUCGGGCAGCUAUCGAGCAGGUCACCCGGUUGUGGCUCCCUACGCUUUUCCUCCAAACCCGACUCAUGCCCCCAAUGCUCAACAACACCGCCAGUCUUGGUCCCCUCAUCUCCGCCCUGAGCACCGCACCUUCUCUGCCCCUACCAUUCACGGGCCAUCCCAUAUGGCUCAGCCCGGGGCCACCUCCCGAGUCGCCAAUCCUGCAGCUGGUUCUGUAUCGACUUCUUCCAACUCUUCAUUCAACUCCUAUGUCUCCAAGGACGACAGUGUCAUCCCCUCGCGCCAACCGAGAGCGGACCAGCCUCUUCGUCCUUUAUCCACCGCCAACCUCCCCCCUCCCUCUGUCAUGACCAUCUCCUCUCCCAGCGGCUCCGUCAAGCCCUCUCCAAAUCGUUACCGUCGUUCGAAUCAACGCUCUCAAUCUCCAGCGCCCGCGCCCACACCGGUAUCUACGUCAGCUUCGGCAUCUGAUGACCAGGUAAACACAGCCUCUGCCCCCAGACCGGUCCUACGAUCCAACGGGCAUAACCGCUACUCAAGUGUGGAUGAUUCGUCCCAUGCGGAACGUCCACAGCUAGAACCUGCAAAGCGAUACCGCCGGAGAAGUAUGGGAACUAUGGAUCCAGGCUCGUACCCGAACCUCCAACUACAACUACCGAUACCAUCCUCGCCACAGACAGGUCCUUAUGACUUUAUCGCUUUUGAUACGAACCAACCACGACCACAGUCGGCCCAUUCACAGAAAGGCAGCUCGCACUCGGCGCAGUCUUCUGUUUCAUCGACACGAGAGGGGGCUGCGGCGGAUUCCAGCUCCACUGCUAAGCCGGAAGAGAAGCGAGUGAGCAAGCCCUCCCCGCUAUCCCAACCAGCUUCGACAUCGGCCAAAUCUCCACCGACCGAGUCCAGUUCCAAAGCUCCACCUGCCGCUUCGUCUCCACCAACGGACUCCCCGGCGGCAAAGCGCCUGGCAGAGAUUAAGAAUGACCCCAAGCGUCCUGGCAAGUCUCGCCUGAGACGUGCUUUCUCUUUCGGUAGUGCAUCCGAGCUUCUCAAGGCAUCUUCACAGACUAAGCGUGAAGCAAUCGCUGCGGAGAAGGCGCGCCGAGAGGCCCUGCGAGAGGAAUUGGGUGACGAACAAGCUGCAAUUGCCGAGCAGCAAGAAGCUAUGGGACUGGGUGAAAGCAUCUAUACCCAUCAAGGAGGUUUCUUUUCUGGGUCAACAGAUGCGCUUUCAAUUUCCUCGACCGCUUCAUCAGCCUCCAUGAUGCUCCGCAAAAUGGGCAAAGGUAUGAAGAAGUCCACUCGAUCUUUAGUGGGUCUCUUCCGACCAAAGUCCGUCGCCAGUAUCAACUCGGUCGAAGGGGCUGCCGAGCCGAUGUCCCUACCCCAGAUCUCCGUCGUGAAUGUGGAGGCGGAGCGUGAGAUUGUAGUCAACCCCGACCCGAUGGAAAUGCCCAAGGGCGGCACCGUCUUCCCCAAGGUGGAGCCUGCUGGUUCCGAAGUUCGCAGGUCCGCUUCUAUUCGCGAAAGGGAAAGAGUCGUCUCCGAUUCCUCUCAGUCUCGAAAGAGCAUCGUCGGGGGCGACCGAGAGCGGGCAGAAGUUUUGGCGGCGGUUCGAAAGGGUAUUCUAAAGAAAACCCAUUCCGACUAUGGUGUCUCCUCGCCCGCCAAUGCAUUGAACAGCAGUGACUCGCCCCAUUCCAGUGCCCCGCCUACGCCAGACGAGUCAUCUCGACCAAGCCCCCGCCCGACGGAGCAGGUAACAAUUGCCGGUGAGGACUAUUUCCUUUCUGGUGGGGGUCGGUACACAAGUAGCGACACCAAAAGCGCUCCCAUGACUCCUCAGUCGGUUAGCGGUCGGAAUAUCGUGUUCAGCCCUCGCAUUCAGUUUCACGAGACCUGGCCAAGUGGCGAGUACGAUCGUCGCGGAGAAAUCGCGACUUGUAAUCGCCUGACUCCUCUCCUAGCUCAGCAAAUUCGGGAGGAGAUCAAUAACUUCAAAAUGGAGAUGGAGGUUCACGAAAACUCCAAGAUCUACACACACUUUAUCUGA